AUGGACAAGUUGUUGCAAUUCGGGCGGAAGGUAUGGUUCAUCGUGCGGGUGAUGUCUGGUCACGAGGAGAGGAGGAUCCGGUCCUACAGGCUGCAGCUGCAGAAGCGCCUCGAGAUGGCAAGUGUUUUUUUCCCCACGAAUUGCAUGGAUAAUGUUGUAGUGCCUAAAUGUCCUUUAAUUGUGGAAACAUUUCCUUGUAAAAUGGAAGGAAAGUGGUAUUCUAGAGCUGUCCUGCGAGAGGCACAAGCUAGAAAGGAGGAGCUGCGGAAACAGCCAGAACAAGUUAUCUUAUCGGAGGUUCGUCAAGUGGUUCAGCAGAUGCAAGCUCUUAACCAGCACCUUGACGAAGCUGAAGCUGCUAUAGAUGAAUAUUUUAAACCAAUUGACAAGAAUGCUAAAAUCAUAGCGGAUCUGCAGUUGGAGAAAGAGGAAAAGCAAAUGAAGGACAUGGCAAAAGUUAUGCAGGAACAAAUAAAAAUGCAAAGAGAAAUCACAAUGAAAAGAGCUGAGGCUGCAAGCGUCGAGUCUAAUGAUACUAAAGUGGGUGAAAAAGUGGCUGAAAUCCCACCGAAAUAA